AAACCUUUUCAUUCUCGGUCGCGACAUUGAUGAGAUCCCUGGUGUUCCCCUGCCCCGCUCAGCAUCUACCCAAACAACUUCGCCAUUUCUGCGGAGUCAUGAGCCAGCUGCGGCGGUUGAAGACACCGCCGCCGACAACUCCGCUGAUUUUCUCUGCCACUUCUCUUCCAUCUCCACAUCCUACAACACCUCCAAAGGAAGAAUCCAACUCGUCGGCUCCCUUUCGGUCUCGAACUCAAAGAUCUCUCACCACUUCGCUUCUCCAUUCCGCCGCCGUUGCCGGUAGGGAUUGGCAGCUUCUCGACGUCCCGAGAUCGGAGCUAUCACUUCCCCUCACUCUGCCCACUGGCCAGACAUUUCGUUGGCGUCGCACUGGUCCCUCCCAGUUUACUGGCGUCGUCGGCCCCCAUCUUUUCUCCCUCAAGCACGCCGAUGAAGAUCCCUCUGGACGAGUCCACUUCUUUCUCCACCAUUCCUCAGACGCUUCUUGCGCGCGGGCUGCGCUGAGUGACUAUCUUAACCUCGAGGUCUCCCUCACCGCUAUGUGGCGAGGCUUUUCUGCGGCGGAUCCGCGGUUCGAUGAGAUCUCUCGGCGAUUCGAUGGCGGGGCCCGCGUUUUGCGGCAGGAUCCGGUGGAGUGCGUUUUUCAGUUCCUCUGCUCUUCGAACAAUAACAUUGCAAGGAUUGAGAAGAUGGUUGGGGUUCUGUCUUCUUUUGGGGAGUAUUUGGGGUCGGUUGGUGGGUUUCACUUCCACCAGUUUCCCACCCUUGAGAGGCUUUCUGUUGUCAGCGAGCAGCAGCUUAGAGAAGCUGGAUUUGGUUACAGAGCAAAGUAUAUUGUUGGUGCAAUCAAGGCUUUACAAGCAAAGCCCGGUGGGGGUGUGGAAUGGCUUGCUUCCCUCCGCAGCAUGGAUCUGCAGGAUGUGUUAGAGGCCCUUUGUUCCCUGCCUGGAGUAGGACCAAAAGUUGCUGCCUGCAUUGCUCUUUUUUCCCUUGACCAACAUCAUGCAAUUCCAGUUGAUACCCAUGUGUGGAAGAUCGCUACACGCUACUUCAUGCCAGAGCUUUCUGGCGCACAAAUGACUCCAAAGCUAUCCACUCGUGUGGCUGAGAUAUUCAUUGCAACGUUUGGAAAAUAUGCUGGUUGGGCACAAAAUGUACUGUUCAUUGGUGAAUUACCUUCUCAAAAGGCAUUUCUAACCGCAGAGAUGUUGGCUAGUAAAAAUACAAAAUCUGUUAAGAGAAAGCGCAGCAACAGAAAAAUUGAAGUUCAGUAACAUGAAUUACCCUCACGUUGCUGGUUUCUUAGUACUAUUUGUUGUCUAGCUCCUGAAGCAUAAUUUUCCAUGCUAUAUCAAGCAUUCUGAGCAGAAGUUGAUCAAUAUCCUCGAGAGCUGAAGGAAUACUUAAAUGGGCAUUUGCGGCUUUCGAAUACAGGUUCUCGAUUGUGCAGGAUAUUCUUCCAUUUGCCAGUUAGGACCUUAUAAUGAAUGGCAUCUCCAAGCAACCUCAAAAUCUCUAUCUCCGAAGUCCUAAUCAUAGUGAUCAAACCUUAUUUUUAGGUGGGGGAUUAAUGGUUUUUCUUGUCUGAAUGCAGAUGUAAUCUCCUUUGUAUGACUGGAAAAAAAAGGAAAACCCGUACACAACAUUUUUCAUCCAUGUGAUUAGCCAAAAAUAUUGAUUGAUAAUGUAAUGCAGGUAUUUAUUUUCAGGAAGUUCUGACCUAAAUUUUUUUC